AUGGCAGCAUCUGUAUUCACCGUCUCACAGGACGGAACCGGAGAUUUUCAAACGGUGCAAGAAGCAAUAGAUGCCGUGCCGUUCGUCAACUCUCGCCGGACUGUGAUCCGGGUAUCUCCGGGAAUCUACCGGCAGCCCGUAUACGUUCCCAAAACCAAGAAUUUCAUCACUCUUGCUGGGUUGUGUCGCGAGGAUACUGUGAUUACUUGGAACAACACUGCCACCAAAAUUGAUCACCAUCAACCUGCUAGGGUGAUUGGGACUGGGACAUUUGGUUGUGGAACUACCAUUGUGGAAGGGGAAGACUUUAUUGCUGAGAAUAUUACUUUUGAGAAUUCUUCCCCUCAGGGUUCAGGACAGGCAGUGGCAAUUAGAGUAACAGCAGAUCGUUGCGCCUUCUACAAUUGCAGGUUCCUUGGAUGGCAGGACACACUGUACUUACAUCACGGUAAACAAUAUUUGAAAGAUUGCUAUAUUGAAGGAAGCGUGGACUUCAUCUUCGGCAAUAGCACUUCUCUUUUAGAGCACUGUCAUAUUCACUGCAAAUCCGCAGGGUUCAUAACCGCGCAAGCUAGAAAAUCGUCGCAGGAAACAACCGGUUAUGUAUUCUUGAGAUGUGUUAUCACAGGUAACGGAGGAACUUCAUAUGCGUAUCUUGGACGGCCGUGGGGACCUUUUGGAAGAGUGGUCUUUGCAUACACUUACAUGGAUCCGUGUGUAAGACAAGUUGGUUGGGACAACUGGGGGAAAGUCGAGAAUGAGAGGAGUGCUUGCUUUUACGAGUACAGGUGUUUUGGACCUGGUUGUUGUCCAACCGAUCGAGUAGGAUGGUGUAGAGAAUUGAUUGAUGAGGAAGCGGAACAGUUCAUCACGCAUCCUUUCAUCGAUCCAGAACCAGAGAGAUCUUGGCUUUGUCAAAAAAUGGGCUUGAGGAUUCCGUAUUCUGCUUAG